AUCGAGGGCGGUGCAGCCUGGUCUUACAGCACUUCUCCACAUCCCAUGAAUUACAGCGAUGCAAGUGCCUAUUGUCAGAGACAGUACACACACCUAGUAGCAAUCCAAAACAAAGAAGAGAAUAACUAUUUGAACUCCCUGUUAAACUAUUCAUCAAGUUACUACUGGAUUGGAAUCAGAAAGGUCAAUGGUGUGUGGACUUGGGAAGGGACCAAUAAGCCUCUGACAGAAGAAGCUAAGAACUGGGCCCCAGGAGAACCAAACAAUAAGAGAAAUGAUGAAGACUGUGUGGAGAUCUACAUCAAGAGAGAGAAGGACACCGGCAAGUGGAAUGAUGAGAGUUGCAGCAAACCCAAGUUUGCCUUGUGCUACACAGCUGCCUGUACGAAUGCAUCCUGCAGUGGUCAUGGGGAAUGUGUGGAGACCAUCAAUAACUAUGCUUGCAAAUGUGAACCCGGCUUCGGUGGUCUCACCUGUGAGCAAGUUGUGGCCUGUGAACCACAGAGGGACCCUGAACAUGGGAGCCUGUCUUGUAUCCAUCCUUUGGGGAACUUCAGCUACAGUUCUUCCUGCUCUGUCACCUGUGAUGAGGGUUACCUGCCCAGCAACACGGGGGCCACUUGGUGCACCUCCUCUGGGGAGUGGAGUGCCCGCACCCCGGCCUGCAAUGUGGUGGAGUGUGGUGCUUUGACAAGUCCUGCGAAAGGAACUGUGGAGUGUUUCCCAAAGGCUAGCAGCUUUCUAUGGAACACGACCUGUGCAUUCAACUGUGAAGAAGGCUUUGAACUACAGGGCUCCUCGAGUCUCCAGUGUACCUCAUCUGGGAAUUGGGACAAUGAAAUGCCAACUUGUAAAGCUGUGACCUGUGGUGCCAUCAGCCAGCUACGGAAUGGCUCUGUGGUCUGUAACGACUCCCCUGCUGGACAGUUGGCCUUCCGGUCCUCCUGCAGUUUCGCCUGUGACCAUGGCUUUAGGUUGCAGGGACCAGCUCAAGUUGAAUGCACCUCACAAGGGCAGUGGACACACCAAACCCCAACUUGCAAAGCUUUGCAGUGCAAAGCCUUGACCAAGCCAGAAAGAGGCUACGUAGAAUGUUUUCCUAGUGACUCUGGAAUAUUCCAAAAUGGCUCCAGCUGUGAAUUUUCAUGUGAGCAGGGAUUUGUGUUGAAAGGACCCAAAAAUCUCCAUUGUGGACCCACAUGGGAAUGGGACAGUGACAAACCUACAUGUGAAGCUGUGAAAUGCGAUGCUGUCAGCUCACCCCACAGUAGCUUCAUGGAGUGUACCCACCCUCCUACUGGAAAAUUCACCUCCAAGACCUCCUGCACCUUCAGCUGUAACAAAGGCUUUAAAUUAGAUGGAUCAGCUCAACUUGAGUGCACAUCUCAGGGACAAUGGACAAAGGAGGUCCCCUCCUGCCAAGCUGUUCAGUGUUCACGCCUGGCAGUUUCUGAGAAGAUGAACAUGAGCUGCAGUGGGGAGCCCGUGUUUGGCACCGUUUGUACCUUUGUGUGCCGCGAAGGGUGGAUGCUCAACGGCUCUGCAGUGCUGACGUGUGGUGCCAGGGGACACUGGUCUGAGAUGCUGCCCAGCUGUGAAGCUCCCACUGAGUCCAACAAUCCUUUGGUGGCUGGACUUUCUGCUGCUGGAACAUCAUUUUUGACAGUGGCAUCCUUUCUCCUGUGGCUUCUGAAACGCCUUCGGAGGAAAGUAAAGAAAUUCGUGCCUGCCAGCAGCGCCUUCACCCUGCAAGCAGAUGACAACAGCCAAGCUCUUGUGGAGUUGCUUUAA